AUGAUGGCUGAUAUUACUGACGACUAUGUUUCUGAUUCGCCUAUUUUUGAUCAUGUAUUGGAUUUAACAGUGCCCAAUUUUUUUGAGAAAAAUGAAAAAGAUAUUAUGACAGAUGUUCCACCUACAAAAAUAAAUAAAAUAUUACCUUCAUCAUCAAUAUUGUUAGAAUGUUUGUCUGACAUGGUGUUAUUUGAUGAAAAAACAAAAACAAGAGAAAGAGCGAUUGCUACCGUUUCCACAGCAACGACAACAAUGUUCAGAACGACCGAUGUGCAAGAAUCAACAAUGAAUUUAUAUUCAGCAGAUGAAUGUUCAAACUUGUUUGUUUUAACAGCAAGAUUGAAUGAUCUGAAAUUAAGUCGUCCAGAAUCGUUCAGACGUGAAAUGUUACAAAAACGUCCAUUUGAGCCGUUUAAACUUACAAUCGAAUUAUACAAAUUUGAUGAUACAUUAAUGACGUCGUGUGACUUUACACCAUUUAACUUAGCAUAUAUAAUCUUGUCUUCGGGAAUGAUUAGAAAAUCAAACGCAUCGGCUACGUAUCCUGUGAAGACGUUAUUUGAUUUUGCUGUCAUGUGUGAUCCUAGGAAUCCAACGUUGGAUUGUUUAUUGAGAAUUGAAGCAUUGGAUAUGUACUAUAAUUGGUUACAGAUUUCCAUAACAAAGAAUCAAAGAGACGAACCGUAUUUCUCUCAUACAACAAUCAUGCUUCGUCUUAUAAGUUUAAUUUACGGCCUUGAUGUAAUCGAAGUGGUACAUUGUAUGUACGAUACUGUUUUCUAUGAAAAUCUGCCAAGGCUUCAGUUAUGUCGCAAAGUUAUCCGUGUCAAAAUAAGUUUACAAAAAACAGCUCUUGAAAAUGAAAAAUCGGCUCGGGAUCUGUCACGUUUUAAACAAAUAAAUCAAGACGUCAAAUGGUUCAAAAUUAUGAUUAAAAUGAUUAAUGAUAAAACAUUAAAAAACAAUAUAGUCAAUGACAUAAACAAUUUAUUAAGAACAUUCAAUGCACAAACGUAUCAAAGAUUACAGGAUUAUGCAUUAUUUAGAAUUGUUCUUAAAAAAAUACGCGAAGAAAAAAAGAAAGCUAAAACAGCAGGAGAGGUUGAAAUGAAUCAAGUUCUACUAAAACAUUUACGUGAUAAAACAUUUCCAAUGGUAGAAACAACUACUAUAACAUCACAUAUAAAUUUGACACAUGACCAGUUUAUGAAAACAACAGUACUGCCGAUUAUUGAAAUGAAUCAGGUACUAACAAGCAAUUGUGAUAAGCAGAAAUUAUUGUUAAGCCCAUCGUUACAAGAGGCCACACAAGUAGACCUUCGAAAUUUAUUAUAUUAUUGGCAAAAAACUAUACCAGAUGGUGAAAAAUUAAAAAAAUCACAAAUAAAACGAUUUACAUCUCGUUUUUAUCGUGUUUAUAUAGCCAUAUUAAUUGCUCCACAUUUAAAUCAAUUCGAACGAUCAAUAUGCGGUCAAUUUUUUGGACAUGCUAUGAAGAUGCAUAUAAAUGAGUAUGAAAAAAUAUAUGGCUACGGGACAAGUGAACAUAUUAGUGAAAAAAUUCUUAAUGUUAUAUCAAACGAGCAUAGUCGAAAAACCACAUUUGAUAAAGCAAUUGAUGAAAUGUUUAAUACUGCUGAUGACAAUGAAGCAGACGUUGCCGAUGAUCAAGACAAUACAAGAGAAGAAAGACUGAGAACAUUAUCCACAUUCAUUAGAAAUAAUAUUGAUGUCAAACAACAACUUGAGAGAUAUUUAGGCAAUAAUAUUCGUGAAAAUACUACAAAUCAACAAAAUGCCAGGAACUCAGUAGUUAUUUUACCUGUGCGUUUGUUGGCCGAUUAUUACACGCUCGCAAAAAUUAAAGAAUUACAUGCCAAUGUUAUAAAAAAGGUGUUAUUGUCAUAUUUGAAUAGUACACGAGGUGAAAACAAACUAUUUCCAGUGCAUAAUAUUCCAUAUUCAAAAUUGAGUAUGGAUUAUUUUGCUUAUUGGAAUAUUAGUGACGCGACGCGCAAAAACCCGUCAUCCGAAUGUGUGAAACAUGAUUCGGUUGUUAAAAAAUCAAUUGCACACUCAAGAAAUUAUUAUGAAUUUGUAGUAGAUGAAUAUAAUAAUUAUCAUCAUGCACCGAAACCAUUGAUAUUAAAUGUUACAAUCAAUUGUGUGAUUCGUCAAAAAAAACUGGCAAUAUCUGACGAUCGAUGGGAAACGAUGACAAUAAUUCUUCUUGAUUAUUUUCAAAAAACAUGUGCAUCAGAAAAAUAUGUGUAUCGUCCAUUUUACAAUGUUGCAUAUGGUAAACAAGUUUUGCUGUAUUUAUAUCAAUCAAAAGGCGAAAAAUUAGUAACAAAUCUCGGACGAUCAAACUUUUUGACAUUACCAAAAAAAUCAGCUUGUAUAGAAUAUCUAUUAUUACAUGGCAUAAUAAUUACUGAUCGAUCGUUGAUAACAGCAAAACACUCAUUAUUGCAUAUUAGACAACAGUUACUAGAAAAAAUGGGUGAACACCAUAGAAAGCACAAUUUUGUUAGAAGCUAUCGAGCACAAGAUCGUAUGGUCAUACCAGAAUAUCAUCAUUUAAAAGAAAUUCAGAAAACACGGUAA